GUGAUUUGUAAGUCUGAUGCUCCCACUGGAGAUGUCUUGCUCGAUGAAGCAUUGAAGCACAUCAGAGAGACCCAACCACCUGAAACAGUACAGAGCUGGAUUGAGCUGCUAAGUGGUGAAACGUGGAACCCUUUAAAAUUGCACUACCAGCUGAGGAACGUGCGGGAACGCUUAGCCAAAAAUCUGGUGGAAAAAGGUGUACUCACCACAGAGAAACAGAAUUUUCUCCUCUUUGACAUGACCACGCACCCGCUCACCAACAAUAACAUCAAACAGCGACUCAUCAAGAAAGUGCAGGAGGCCGUACUGGACAAGUGGGUCAACGACCCUCACCGGAUGGACAAGCGGCUGCUAGCCCUCAUCUUCCUCGCCCACUCCUCCGACGUCCUCGAGAAUGCGUUUGCCCCACUCUUGGAUGACCAGUAUGACCUGGCAAUGAAAAGAGUGCGACAGCUGCUGGACUUGGAUCCUGAGGGCGAGAGCAUUAAGUCAAACACAAACGACCUCCUCUGGGCUGUCGUGGCAGCCUUUACCAAAUGAGUGAAUGGAGAUGAAAGUGAAGAGCCUUGGACCACCGAGAUUGAAUUCUUGAUUUUGGGGGUGUUGGUGGUGGUGGCGGCAUGAUUUCCUCCUGUGCUUAGGUCAUUGCCUGUGCAGGUUAUCUUUCUGUCAUGUUUCCCCAGCUUGUAGAUACACCUUCCCACUCCCUGGCCCUCCCUGUGCACUGUGAGAUUGUUCACUUUUCAGUCACGUCGCAGGUCAUCCCGACUGAACUGAAAACAGAAGCACACACUAAGUCAUUUCAAAAUCCUUUGUAUGGUGACUCUCUUCCACAAUCAGGAAAGAGUUUGUUUGGAAACUUUUGAUCUCGGUUAUAUACUGAUGUUAUACUUCAAUGAAAAAAAUCAAAGAUCCCCCCCACCCGACUUUUGAAGGAAACAUCCAGAGUCCUUCAUUCACAAAGUGUUGCUAUAAAGCUAUGACCUGCCUUCAUAUAAGGGAGGGAGAUAAAAAAUAAUGUAAAUUGCGCCUCUUUUGUUACAUACUUACACAAAUCACAUUCCUUUCUGGGGGCUUCAUUUCUUUAGAGUAAGCAAGCAAAUUUCUUCUUUUUUUCUCUGCGGAAGGUUUCUACCUUGUCUCCGUUAUACGCUUGACACCUACUCUAUGACAUUUUCAUAAUCUUCAUAACUAGUACUGCAGCCAGACUGCUGCCUGCACACCCUGAUUUAAAUACCGCAGUCAUGGAGUGGGAAGCAUUCCAUUGUGUUUUGUAAAUAGUUUCUCGUAUUCAGACACUUGUUCCUGUAGCCAGUUAUACUGACCCAGAACACAUCUGGCCAGCACUUGAGAUUAGAACAUUCUUCAGGGUGUUGUGGCCAAUCAUCUGCUUUUUAAUUCUCCUUAUUUUGCCCAUUUUACUGUACAACUGUGUACUCCGGGAAAAAAAAAACUUAUCCGACUGUUGUCUAGCCAAUGUUUUGUACAAAAGGGGCCGUGAUUGACUGUAAAGGAAGCCUU